AUGGGCUCUCACCAAGCUAAGCCCAAGGUUCUCGUUCUUGGAAAAGUUGACUAUGCGCAAGAUGCCUGGAAUGCGCUCAAUGAUAUCAGCGAGAUUUUGAAGCCAGCUUCAACCAAUCGCGAAGAUUUCCUGAAAGAAUGCCGAAGUGGAAAGUUCGAGGGUGUUGUAGCGGCCUAUCGAACCUUUCACUCGUUUAGCAUCACUGGUCUAAUCGACAAGGAGUUGGUGGAUGCAUUCCCGGGCUCCUUGAGAUAUUUUGUAUCGUGCGCUGCUGGCUAUGACCAAGUGGAUAUCGACGCAUGCAGUGCCCGUAAUCCCCCGCUCCUUGUCUCGAAUGUGCCUACCGCUGUAGAUGACGCUACCGCCGACGUGAACAUGUUCCUGAUUCUUGGUGCGCUUCGAAACUUCAACACUGGAAUGCAUAGUCUUCGAGAAGGAAAGUGGCGAGGUCAGCCAGCACCACGCCUUGGCCACGAUCCGCAGGGCAAGACCCUGGGAAUUCUGGGAAUGGGUGGUAUCGGACGGAACCUGAAGAAGAAGGCCGAGGCCUUUGGUAUGAAGGUUAUCUAUCAUAAUCGCCGACAGCUGAGUGAAGAGCUUUCCGGAGGAGCGCAAUACGUGACCUUUGACGAGCUUCUAUCAACCAGUGAUGUGCUCAGCCUGAACCUGCCAUUGAAUAAAAAUACCCGUCAUAUCAUUGGCAAGGCAGAGUUCGCCAAGAUGAAGGACGGCGUCAUUGUGGUAAACACUGCUCGUGGCGCCGUGAUGGAUGAGGCUGCCCUUGUCGAGGCGCUGGACAGCGGGAAGGUAUUCUCAGCUGGUCUCGAUGUCUUUGAAGAGGAACCCACGGUUCACCCUGGUUUGAUCCGCAAUCAAAAUGUACUCCUUGUGCCUCACAUGGGUACCUGGACCAUCGAGACUCUCACGGCGAUGGAGGAGUGGGCCAUUGAGAACGUUACACUGGCUAUUACGACGGGCAAAUUGAAGAGCCCUGUUCCAGAGCAAGUUGAUUUGCAAUGA